AUGCAUGAAGAUAAUUAAGAGGGUUUGGAGACUGAUGAUAGUGAAUUUAGAAGACAGAGUUUCAUAGCUAUUUAAGAUGAAUAAGACAGAUUAAUGAAUUCCUAUGGAGGAAAUCUAGUAGAUCCCUUUCGUUUUGUUGGGUGUAAGAUGGAUAAGAUCUGGAUUGAUGGGCAAGUCAGAUUGCAAUUAUAGAUCUUUCCUGAGAGAGUACAAUAAAUACAGUUAUAAGUAGAUUUAAUAAAUUUACAAAUAAUCUUAUACAAAAAUUUACUAAGCAAGAUAUAUUCAGAUUAGUAGAAGUAUUUCGAGGAGUUCAUUUAGAGAAUCAAACAAAGAGACAAGUGGAACAAAAAUGAUAAAGCUUGA